AAAUUUUUCGUGGGUCCCAGGCCCACAAUAUUGGUGCACAAGUUUUGAUGCAAGAUUUUAUUGGUCAAUUUUAUCGUAUAAAAAAAGUAUAAAAGCAUCCCGGAAGACUCGAAUUUAAACUGUGACACAGGCCCGAAGAAUAGGACUCUGCUGUGUGUUGGAAGGAAAACGAAACCAUUCAAACCCCGAGAGAAUCGAAACUGCGACCUGUAAACAGCGUGUGUUGGAUCAGUGAUGGUGCCUUCAAAAGAUCCAACGCAAACCGUGCCAACUGACCCUCAGGAGCAACAAGAGGAGCGUCCUGUUUCGAGCCUUCUCAUAGUAAUCGCAAUGCAAGCAGAGGCGCUUCCUUUAGUCAGCAAGUUUAAUCUUUCGGAGGACCAAGAUUCACCGUUUCCAAAGUGUGUACCCUGGAUUAGAUAUCAUGGAAAGUACAAGGACCUUGAAAUCAAUAUUGUCAUACCAGGAAAAGAUGCCAUGUUUGGUGUUGAUAGUGUUGGAACAGUAAGUGCAGCUCUUGUGACUUAUGCGUCAGUGCAGGCACUGAAACCAGAUAUUGUUUUAAAUGUAGGCACUGCAGGUGGAUUCAAGGUCAAGGGAGCAUGCGUUGGAGAUGUCUAUUUGGCAACUGAUAUUGCUUUUCAUGAUCGCAGAAUUCCAAUUCCUGUCUUUGAUCAGUAUGGAGUUAGAUCCAGGACAACCAUCUCAACACCAAAUCUUGUUAAAGAACUUGGUUUCAAGGUUGGAAAAUUAUCAACCGGUGAUUCUCUUGACAUGUCUUCACAAGAUGAAGAGUUGAUAAGGGCCAAUGAAACUACAAUCAAGGAUAUGGAGGGUGCUGCCAUUGCAUAUGUCACAGAUCUUUUUUCUGUUCCCACUAUAUUUGUCAAAGCUAUAACAGAUGUUGUUGAUGGAGAAAAGCCAACUGCAGAAGAGUUUCUGGAGAAUCUAUCUACUGUAGCGUUAGCAAUGGAGGUAGCAGUCACUCAGGUUGUAGACUUUAUAAAUGGCAAGAGGCUUUCAGAUCUGUAAGCAGUCUUCAAGAUCUUUAUAUAUUAAAAUAAUGGCGUUAUGGUUAUUAGUCACUUAAAUUUCUAUCCAUAAUUUUCUUGCCAAGAAAGUGUAUAUUAAUAUAGUUUGCAUAAUGGGUCUAUAUUUAGCAAUUUAUCCAAGAUUUGCACUGGUAGUUUUCUCCUAAAGUGGAUGCCUACUAGAACAAAAGAAUGCAUAUAUGAGACUAGUUGCUUUAGCAAUGCUGGAUUUAUUCAAGUCCAUGUGAGGAUGGGUCAUAGAUCUUAUGCAUUUACAUUGUUUUCAUGCAUAUUUUAUGCGAAUGCAUUGGAUAUUCUUUGUAUACAAAGGUAGAAGAAGAAAUCUGUAAUUUCUAUGUAUAUUUUAGUAUAGUUUACCUUUCUACUUAUUAAAAGAAAGGCGCCAAUACAAUUAAUUUUGGGAUUCUGUUUA